GCGGCUAUCAGACUUGCACCUUUUUAUAUUUAUUUCCCCAAAACUCAAUCGCGUGCUUUCCUCCAAUUUACGCCAGCGCACCUCAACGUUCCUCUCUGCACCUCCUUCCACUUCCCAUAAUACCACUGCACUUCUCUCGCCGCACAAUGGAAGUAUCGAUCGAGUCUUUUGCUGAGUCGAUUCUUUCCGAACUGGACAAGAUCGGCAGCGGCUCCGACUCUGGUGCCGGGAUCACUGGCGCUGAUCAGCUGCGGCCGCAGCAGGGAGAACAGCAGACAGCAGCGAUAACUCCUGGUUUAUCCUCCACGAUAUCCUCAUGGCGCAACACCGUCGCAGACUCGGAUCGCUUUUUCUUCGAGGCUGAUAUGCACACAUCACCGGCUGAAGCGGACAAGGCGACAGACCAACCACCUGCCGCGGACGAAGAGGCAGACGACGACGACUACGACGGAUACGAGCUAAUCGACCUGAUCGAGGCGCAUAUGGCAGACAUGCACGUCGACGGCGACGCCGAUCAAAAUAGCGACGAGCAGCAAUCAGAGUCUCCCUUGAACGCGUCUACUUUCGAAACCGUGGCAGCCGGCAGCAGUGUACGGGAUGUGGAAUCCGUCGAUAGCAGCGAAUACGGAGUCACCGGCUCGAGGACCCCUGAUCUCACCGAGUCUUUGACCUCGAACGUCGUCGUCUCGAGCACGUCUUCCGAGCCUGCUGCGGAACUGAUCGCGUCUGAAGAGGCUGAAGAGGCUGUUGAUAUCGAGCCUGUGGAGGUUGCAGGGGAGGAUUUGGUAUUUAGUUCUGGUAGUGUUGUGGAAGAAUCGGAUACGUUGCCUGAUGAGACUGCGACUGAGCCUGUUGUGGAAGAAGAGACUACGUUGCCAGCUGAGACUGUAGCUGAGCCUGUCACGGACGUGACUACUACAGAGGACGCAGCGCCGGAGGCUUCGACUGCCAUUGAGCAUGUCGCGGACGUGACUACUGCUGAAGACCCAGCGCCAGAGGCUUCGACUGCAACUGAGCCUGUCACGGACGUGUCCACUACAGAGGACGCAGCGCCGGAGACUUCGACUGCAGCUGAGCCUGUAGUGGAGACCUCCGCCACCACAGAAGACCCAACCGCCAAAUCCGCCCCUCUCGAACCCGCCGAGCCAACCCCGCCCACCUCAUCCAGCACCCAAGCACUCGACCUUGAAGCGCUAAAGCUCGCCGAAUCCAGCACGGCAGUCGAGACCGAAGACGACGUGAUUGAAAGCGUGCUUGCGCUUGCUGCUGAGGAAUUCGCGGCGCCCGUGGACGAGGUCGAUAUUUACGCGGCCGAGCGGUUCGAGAAGGCGGAGAUCGCGGCAAUGAUUUUGCAGACGAAGGCGGAGUUGGGGGUGGUGGAUCCGGAGGCGCCGCCGGAUGUGUUGAAGGAGGUUGAGGAGAUGGAGGCGGGGGGUGUACCGAUCGCGAGGGAGGCUGUGGGGACUGCAGUUGAAGAAGGUGAAGGCGUCGGCUCUGAAGAGGUUGAGGAUGUUGAAAUACCGUCCGUGGAAGACACGGCAGCGGCGGUGUCAUCGUCUGAAACAAAGGAGAUCGAUGAUGCUGUUAUCGAGGAGGCGCCAGUGGCCGACGAUGUUCUGGACCCUGCAGUUCAAGAAACUGACCUUCCCGAUGCUACUGAUGCGGCCAUAGUCAAGACCGAGAGCGAGGAGGUUCUCAAAGACGAAGACUCCGCAGUCAAACCCUUAGAAGCGACAAGCGAGAGCGAAGAUCUUGAGGCUCCUAUUGAUGCGGAUACUCCCAAGGACGUCGUUAUGGAAGAGCAAGUUUCAGAUACAGCUGAGGAAGCUGUAGUUCAGACUGAAGAGAGAGAUGUUCCGGUUGAGAAAGAUGUUGAAGUAUCAGAGACUGCCGAGCCUGCAGAUGUUGCUGUCGUUGAGACGGAGGAAGAUGAAACUGAAGUCUCUGCGGGAGCUGAGAAGGCUGCUGAGGUUCAGGCGACCACUGGAGCUGAUGUUUCUGAAGAGGCUGCUGAAGAGGAGAAGGAGACUGCUGAGACUGAAGAGGAGAAGGAGGUUGCUGUAAAGCAAUCCGACGAAGCUGUGGGUGAGGCAUUUGCCGAAGCAGACGAGAAAGCCGAGGAAGUGGAUACUACCCCGACUGAGUCGAACGACAUUCUUUCGACAGACGCAGAAUCUCCCACUAUCACCGCCACCGAAGAAGACAAGGCGAUCAUCACCCCUACCGACCCGAUCGUCGAAGCCGACACUAAUGUCACCGAGACGAAGGAGGAAGAAGAAGAGACGACUGGCCCAGCUCCUGAACCUAUCGUCGAGGCCGACACUAAUGCCACCGAGACUAAGGAAGAAGCCGAGACGACUGUCGCAGCUCCUGAACCGAUCGUCGAACGAAGCUUCUCUAUUGGUUCUUCUAGUCCUAGUAAGAGCUCUGUCGAGCCUCUUGCCGUGAAGGAAGUGGAUGCCGAGACUUUAGAUGAUGCGUCUAAGGUAGUUACUGAUGGCGAGGUGAAGACUACCAGUGAGCCGGAAGCAGAGCCGGAAGCAGAGCCAGAGCCGGUGGCGGAGGUGACUGCUGCGGUUCAGCAGCCUGUGGUGGUGCGGAGCUUUGCUCUAGGCUCACCGAAGAAAGACGCACCGGCUGAGUCUUCACCGCCUGCGACUCCCACAAAGUCUUUUGUCGCCACGACCGAGCAGGAGACUUUGACCAGGUCUGCUGUUGCAGAGCCGGAAGUCCCGGCUGCUGCUGAAGUUGUGGAAGCAGAGGUAAAGCCAGAGCAGAGCGCACCCGCCGAGCCCAGAGCAGCCGUCGCCGCAGCUGCUGCUCCAGCUGCGCCUGAAGUCGACGAGAGUGAGAAGAUCUACAUCUACACCUCCCUCACGGGCGGCAUCAUGUUUGGCCGCAACAUCAUGAUGCUUACGCGGAAGCUGCAGACGAUCCUGCAAGUCUACGGGAUUGAGUUCCAGGUGGUCGACAUCGCGACAAACGAGAAAGCAAAGAAGCUGUGGGCGAGACAGUCAAAGGGGCGGAAACUUCCAGGAGUUAUCAAAGGGUUUGAUAUCGUUGGUAACUAUGAGGAGAUAGCUGAAUCUCACGAAUACGGCGAAGUUCAGAUGCUUAUCGAGGAAUUCGUCUAACCUCGCUACGUUUCCUUUCAUAUACUUGAUUAUUCACUAAUGACGCUACGAGGAUCGUUUUGGUCUAUUUAAAUACGCUCUUAUUUGUUCGUAUACUUUUAUGAUAUAUACAUAUUAACCGGCUGAGAUACUAUGCUUGGUUUCACGUUUUGUUUGUUUUAACGGAGUACCGGUUUCUGAUAACACCGCUUGGAGAGUAUACCAAACGACUUUGAUGCGAU